AUGCACGUCAGCACACCACGCAGGAUUAGUCAAAAGAAUCCACAGCAUACGGGCAAUGCAGGGAACGUGCAGGAGCCCGAAAUAGCACUAGAAGAUCGGUCUAUCAGAAGCCAUCCCGAGGAGGACCUCGGGGAUGAACAUUACGAUGAGGACCCCACAGAUGAACGUUACGAGGAGAACCCCAGUAGUGAGCUGUUAGGCAACAACAGAGACCGCUCCACAUCAAUAAGUUUGGCGCUUGCCUUCAGCAACAAUGCUGCCAUCAAGUGUACAGCCAAUAUUGUAUCUCCGCGCUGGGCACUCACUAGCUAUACCUGCAUCAAGGGCAAGACGAAAAACGAAGGUGAGAUGAAGUGGAAGUUAAUUGCUGGACCGAUUGAGCAUUCCGCAUCAAAAGAACAACUAACAACACCGCAUAUCGAAGAUGGCCUACAGAUUGUGGACAUUAAGCGUGUCGUAUCGCAGUUCAUGUACACCGAUGAUGCGGUACUGCUGGAACUGGCCACUCCCCUGAAGUUGAACGAUAUCAUCGGCAGCGUGUGUCUAACGGAGACAUCCUCUACCAUUAAUCCUAAGGAAUGGUGCGUUACUACUGGAUGGGAAUCCGAUCUCAAGGAUAAGAGUAAAAGUAUACAGUACAUGAAGAAUGUUACCGCGGUAAACGUUCGUACAGGACGUUGCGAUUCGUACAACGAAGAGCUUCCUAACAAUAUCAUAUGUGUAGAGUCUCUGAACAGCAACCAGAACAUUUGCUACAGCGAUGAAGGUGCACCUCUGAUGUGCUACGUCAAUAGUACUGGCCAGUGGCAGCUAGAAGGUUUCCUCAGUAACCAUGGUAACUGUGAUAACCGGCCAGCUAUCUACAAUUCUAUUACCCCCACCAUUGCCACCUGGAUCCGCAAUACGGUCGGUAAUGGCCGUAUGUUCGAACACACGAUCAUAAACAAAUAA